GUCUUCUAUCACGUACUAACCACACAGCACCUUCGCAAUGGCCUCCCGACCGACCGUGACCAUCAUUGGCGCCGACGGUGCUCCUUCUCAGGACACCCACCCUCUCCCAAAUGUCUUCAAGGCCCCCAUCCGCCCGGACAUUGUCCAGACCGUCCACACCGGUAUGGCCAAGAACAAGCGCCAGCCAUACGCCGUGAGCGAGAAGGCUGGUCACCAGACCAGUGCUGAGUCCUGGGGUACCGGACGUGCUGUUGCCCGUAUCCCUCGUGUUAGCGGUGGUGGUACUCACCGUGCCGGUCAGGCUGCCUUCGGUAACAUGUGCCGUUCUGGACGCAUGUUCGCACCCACCAAGGUCUGGCGCAAGUGGCACCAGAAGAUCAACCUUGGCCAGAAGCGUUUCGCUACUGCAUCUGCCAUUGCUGCCUCUUCCAGCGCUGCUCUCCUCCUCGCUCGCGGUCACCGCAUUAACGAGGUCCCAGAGGUCCCACUUGUCGUCUCCUCGACUGCCUUCUCCAACGCCGGCAUCAAGAAGACCUCCGCUGCCGUCGCACUCCUCAAGUCCGUCGGUGCUGGUCCAGACCUCGAGCAUGUCAGCAAAUCCCGCAAGCUUCGCGCUGGUAAGGGAAAGCUGAGAAACCGCCGCCACCAGCAGCGUCGCGGACCUCUCGUCAUCUAUGAGCCAGAGAAGGAUGGCAAGGAGCUCGUGAACGCUUUCCGAAACAUCCCAGGUGUCGAGACAUGCACAGUCUACUCUCUCAACCUCCUCCAGCUUGCACCAGGUGGUCACCUUGGACGAUUUGUCAUCUGGACCUCGUCCGCCUUCGCUGCCCUUGACAGCGUUUACGGCAGCACCACCGAGCCAUCCGCCCUCAAGCGCGACUUUCUGCUCCCACAGAACUUGGUCGCUCAGUCAGAUAUCGCCAAGCUCAUCAACAGCAGCGAAAUCCAGAGCGUGCUUCGCCCAGUCAAGGGCGGUGCCAUCACCAAGCGCACUGUCGUGCAGAAGAAGAACCCGCUCAAGAACAAGCAGGUUCUGCUCCGCCUCAACCCAUACGCCAAGGCAUACUCAGCAGAGGGUCUGGGUCAUGUCAAGAGCACCGAGAAGCCAAUUGCCAAAGACUCCACGUACAAUGCUACGCUUCACGAGAACUAAGCGGGUGCUUUUGUUGUUGUAAUGAGGUUUCAUGGGAGCGGGUCAUUGUAGCCGGACAGGACAAGCUGCAUGGCGUUCAAUGUAGCGCCAAUCGAGACUCUUUUCAGAUCUGUCACUUUCAUCGACCCAUUUCUCAAUGUUCAUGACUUGUGCAGCCCCCGCGGCAGUAAAAAUGCUAUUUCCAAGACUUGCUGACUCGCUCGUUGAUUCAUGAACCAUGGGUAAGGUAGAGUAAGUGCUACCACAGCUCCAUAUCCACGCAAACUGGUCCAUCCUUUGAGAGUAGCAAGUUCCUCGCAUACAUGUAUCCAGGUGGUGGUCGAACGAAGUUGUAUUGAAUUUAACAGAAACAUGCACGUCGAACCGAUCAAAGAUAUGUAGAGCUCAUCAUGGCACAAGAAGAAAUGUGGAGAGAAGAAAAGAACACGAAAGCGCAAUUCCGCAUACUUUGCAGCGAUGAAAAUACUCUAAUCUUCUGUUCAUAAAAACGACUGUGCCUCUGGGUCUUUUAUCCCCCUUUCCAUCUCAACAAGUGUCUGUCUUGUUUGUCUGUGCAAGCCAAAAACAAAAAAACAAAUUUGGCCACUGGUAUAAACCUUCCAUCAUCAAAGUCAUCAAAAAAAGGACGCCGUUAAAAAAACGUUUUCUUGGUUCCGUUAUGCCGCCACCUUCACCGAAGGUGAUCACAAAUGCAAGCGCUGGUUUAUGCAUCGCGAUGAAAACCUGCUAGCAAAUCAUGGAUCGGAAAAGAUCUCAGAGAGAGAGGGAGAGAGCGUAACGCGACAAAAAAAGAACAACGGCUAGCGCUUGUGUCCGUGGAUUUGGAUGUGUUGCCGGAGAUGUCUCCCCAUGUUGCUACGCUUGGAGAUAACGCCCGCUGAGCAACUCAUGCCAUCGGACAGUUGCAUGGGAACUGCGAAUCCGUUGUCACAAAUUCCAAAUUUGCCGCCAUCCAUGCAGAUGAUCUCGUCUUGGGUGGUGCAGGCGAUGGACUUUGAUGAAGAAGAGGUUUUAUUGCCCGUUGCAGCUUUGUUGGAAGAACCGGAUUCAUCAGAGGUUUCGGGUGGACCACUCGCGGCAGGUGAAGCGUAUCCACUCGGCGCCGGUCCGUCCGCUGUGAUGGUUCUCAUGGCAGUCUGAGUGACGACCUCGUAUGCAGUAGCCACUCCACCACCUGCUGGUCCGCCUUCGGCACUGCUUGCACCGCCAUAGCCUGUGGGGGCUGGUGCUUGUGCUGCAGCAGAAGAAGUGCCGUAAGAAGGCGCGGUAGGAGCAGUAUCAGGAGCCGAGCCCUGUGCAGGAGCCGAUGCUCCUGAACCUGAACCAUAACCAGUUGGCGCAGCAGGGGAGCUUGCAGGAGUGCUGUAGGCAACAGGUGCAGAGGGGGCAGCACCGCUAGAGCCAGAUCCUGCGCCUCCAGUAGCAACAGCACAAGUCCCAAUGGUAGAGCUUCCGAGGGCAGUCUUCAUAACGGUCUCGACAUUGCGGCCACAUUGCGGGAAGACAAAGUCCUCGUUCUCACACGUAGUGCAACCAUUGCCAAUGUUGGCCACGAACAUGUCCGGCAGUGUGUCGAGCACAUCGUUGUUGUCCGCGCCACCAGUGACUGUGAUUGGGGCACAGUUCAUGUACAUCUCUCUGUUGCCAAUCUUGUUGAACCAUGUCCAUGCCAUUGUGUACUCGCCGUUAGGCAUACCCUUAGGCAUAGUGUACUCAAAUGUUGGAUUCCCGGCGUAGUCGGGAGAGCCAUUGGCAUUGCCCGCGUCCGAGUUGGGACAUCCGCCGAGGAUGGAGUGGAUGACUUUCCACUGGCUGUUCUUGGUGGGUUCCUUGUCGAGUGUGACAGAGAGCUGACAUGAGCCACCACCGUGGGUGGCACCGCCCUUGAAUGAAAGCUUUUGGGGUACGCCAACCGGAAUCUGGUUCAUUGUGCCGAUAUCGUAGACUCCAGAUCGUUGUUUGCAUGGGAAGUCAGACCCAUCGGGUUCGAGAGGACUGUUCGUAAGGCUAUCUGCGCCAUAAGGGACAGGGCUGGUGAUGACCAUAUGCGCGUUAACGGAAGACACAAGCAGACUGCAAGCUGCAGCUGCGGUCAGAAAUGAUUUCGCGAACAUUCUUGCGGAACUUUCGUAGUGAGUGUGGAUGCAAGGUAUCGAGAUUCUUUGAAAUGCUGUUUGAUAUCGCUAGACCGGCUAGACGAUCUAAUAGAUGUCUUCUUAUUCUUCUUCUUCUCAGAUUCGGUGACGACAAGGCAAGUGUCUGGUGUGUCUCAGUCGAUGGAAUCCUGCGACAAGGAUCUCGGGCAGAAGUCGGAGUGGAAGUGAUCAAAUCAGCAAAAGAGAGUCUAGCUCAAGUCUCGCAGAGACGGAUAGGUCGUCAAAGAGUGUGAUUGCACGAUGCUCCAGGCAAAGGCUGUAGGAAAUGAUGCUCAACAAGAAUGCACAACGACUCUGGGAAAAUGCGUUUGUAUUUGAGCAAUUGCAAAGAGACAAACAGUAGGGAGCAUGAAUCUUUAUGACUUACUGCUUGGCGCGAUCUGCACAUCUCUAAAC